CAUUCGAGAGCGAGAGCGGUUUGGCAACGACGCCGGCGUGAAGUUUCUCAUAGUCUUCCUCACUGGCUCGCGAGCUGCGGCGGUUGAGUGACGUGGUCGCCGCGCCAGGGCGGUUGAGUGACGUGGUCGCCGCGCCAGGGCGUUUAAAUGGCGUCGCUUGCCGGCUGCCUCGCUCGCUGAAAGGCUGUUUCUGGCGUCGGCAUGGCGGACGACAUCGCGGUGAGCGGAGACCUGAACGCCAACGUGCGGUGCCCGACCAGCGGCGACCCGCAGGUGGACAAGGCGGCGCACCAGUGGCUGACAUGGGACAGGAACCCGCAGACCCGGGCCCAGGUGGAGGCGCUGCUGGCGGGCGGUCGGGUGGAGGAGCUGAAGAAGAGGAUGUGUUCUAGGAUGAGUUUUGGGACGGCGGGACUACGUGCGGCCAUGGGAGCUGGCUUCUCCCGUAUCAACGACCUGACAGUCAUCCAGUCCACACAGGGUUUGUACAGAUACCUGUCCAAGUGUUUUCCAGACCUGUCUAGCAGGGGGAUUGUGGUUGGGUUUGAUACCAGAGGCCAAGAGGAGAGCGGCUGCUCCAGUCAACGGCUGGGGAGGCUGACGGCUGCUGUGAUGCUCAGCAAAAGCAUCCCUGUCUAUCUGUUCUCCACAUACGUCCCAACACCGUUUGUACCCUACGCAGUCAGGAAGUUUGGUGCAGCAGCUGGAGUGAUGGUCACAGCCUCCCACAACCGCAAAGAGGACAAUGGAUACAAGGUCUACUGGUGUAAUGGUGCCCAGAUCUCCUCUCCUCAUGACAAGGCGAUCCUCCGCUGUAUAGAGGAGAACACGGAGCCCUGGAGCGUCUCCUGCUGGGAGGAGGACUUGGCAGACAGCUGCCCCCUGAGAAAAGACCCUCUACAGGAGGUCUGCAGCAGCUACAUGGAAGAGCUAAAAUCCCUCUGUUUCCACAGAGAUCUUAACUCCAGCUCUCCGUUGAAGUUUGUACAUUCUUCUUUCCACGGUGUCGGUCACACCUUCGUCCAGCAGGCCUUCCACGCCUUUGGCUUCCCUUCUCCAAUCCCAGUCCCGGAGCAGAUGUACCCAGACCCAAACUUCUCCACCGUCCACUGCCCCAACCCGGAGGAGGGCGAGUCCGUCCUGGGGCUGUCUAUGCGUCUGGCAGAGAGAGAGAAUGCCAGGAUUGUUUUGGCCACAGAUCCUGAUGCAGAUCGCCUGGCUGUCGCCGAACGGACCAACGGGUGUAGUUGGAAGGUGUUCACAGGGAAUGAGCUGGCUGCCUUAUUGGGUUGGUGGAUGUUCUUUAACUGGAAGGAGAAACACCCGGAUCCCGCGGACACCCAGAAGGUCUACAUGUUUGCCACAACAGUCUCCUCUAAGAUCCUGCAGGCCUUGGCCAGAGUGGAGGGUUUCCACUUCCAGGAAACCUUACCGGGCUUCAAAUGGAUCGGAAACAGAAUCCAUGAAUUGUCUAAAACUGGCAACCACGUGAUUUUCUCCUUUGAGGAGUCGAUUGGUUUCCUGUGUGGCAGUCUUCUCCCUGAUAAGGAUGGUGUCAGUGCAGCGGUGGUGGUUGCAGAGUUGAGCGUUUACCUUUACAAGAAGAACCUGAGUCUCACCCGGCAGCUCCACAACAUCUACAGGACAUACGGUUACCACAUCUCCAAAACCUCCUACGUUACCUGCAACGACCCUCCGACCGUCCAGAAGAUCUUCGGCCGAAUUCGUAACUUUGAAGGUGAAGGUUGCUACCCAAAGACGUGUGCCGGUUCCAGCAUCCUCCAUGUGCGAGACGUAACCACAGGAUAUGACAGCAGCCAGCCGGACCAGCGCUGCGUUCUCCCGGUGACUAAGAGCAGCCAGAUGGUGACCUUCACACUGCAGAAUGGAGUCGUGGCCACGCUCAGAACCAGUGGCACCGAACCCAAAAUUAAAUUCUACACCGAAAUCUGUGCUCCGCCCGGGGAAAGUGACGUCAUCAGUCUGGAGGCGGAACUAGGCAAAGUGACUGACUCUCUAGUUGAAGACUUCCUGGAGCCUGACAGGAACCACCUGAUUCGCCGCUCCCUCUAGCCCUGCUGUCCAUAUGUGGUAUAUGGCCCGCCUCCGCUCUUGUGUUUUCUGCAAACGAUCAACAGAACAGAAGGUUGGUUGCCUCUAUGGCGUGAUAGUGAGUUCACCUCAGUGUGUUUCUGCUCCGUUUAUCUCGGCAUAUGAAUCCCAUCACCACGUCAGGCGUUCACAUCCUGCCGACUCUUUUCUUUUCAUUCAAUGUGAGUUAGAAGCAACAGAUAUAAACAUGCAUGUUUUUUAUCAAAGGCAAAUAAUCAUAUGGACAUAUGAUGGACACGAAUUUAGGAUGUCUCGCACAGCCUCAUGAGGAUGGAAACUAAAUGCUGUCAUUAUGAAGACGUUUUCCGUCAGUUCCUGGGUCAGACGUUGGUCCUCGUUGUAAAGAAAGCAAGAGGUUUGAACCAAUCAGCAGCAGGGCACCCAAAGGAGACAGCUGACGCUGGCCAAUCAGACGACAGUAAAGGUUGUAAAUGUCUGAUUGUUGUUGAGAAAAAAUGUUUACCCCCGCCCAAAAAAAAGGCCAAGUCACGAUUCUCCUCGACGCACCAGUAGAUUCUCUAUAGUGUGCUGCCAUAGUGUCAACUGGAUUCUAUUAGUAGUGUAGUUAUACCAGUACUACUGCCAAAAUACUAACUAGUCCUGUGCUGUUAAGGCUAGACAGUAAUGUGGUGCCGUGACCACUAGAGGGGGCAUUGCGCUGGAGAAUGAAUCAAAUGUCAAAGCUAGCAUGUAAUGCAGGGCUGUGACCACGAGAGAGGGGCAAAUGAGCUGGAGAAUGAAUCGUGUCAAAGCUAGACUGUAGUGCAGUGAUGUGACCACCAGAGGGGGGCAUUGAGCUGGAGAAUGAAUCAAAUGUCAAAGCUAGACUGUAGUGCAGUGCUGUGACCACCAGAGGGGGGCAUUGAGCUGGAGAAUGAAUCAAAGAGGGCAGCGUAGUUGUAAAGCUGUGUUCUACCACCCAAAAAGACCUGGCAGGAAAUAAAAUAAAGGUUGUGAAAGACACAGACUGGGCUUUUCAUCUGAAAUCUAUUUCACAAAUGGACUGGAGUGUGUAGAAAAAUCUGUCCAAAUGUUGAAUCGCUGUCCACUUGGUGUGUGGCAGUCUGUGUUUUGUGUUCAGUAACGUCGUCAAACGGUGCAAAACCAAAACCAAACGUGUCGACUCAGAACCUGCUGGACCUCAUGUGCCGUCUGUCGUCAUGAAGAACCAGCCACGUCUGCAGAUGUUCGCCACACCUGCAGCAGGUCUGGUUGUUAUGUUUUCCUCUGUUCAUCCUUAUUUAUUUCCAGUCUGUUGUGUGAAGUGUUUUGUGUUGUUGCUGUUGUAAGUGUGCUUCACAAAGACCAAGGUGGUUUAUGAGACAUCAUACCUUUAAUAAGACUUUCAUGCCAUUUCUGUUGUUCUGGGCUUGAAACAGCAGCAUACUUGUGGGUUUUUUGUUGUUGUUUUUUUUAAAAAUUGUGUUCGAAGUGCCGUGUCCCUUAGAAGACAUGAUGUGAGAUCCAGCUGUUUCAUUCGUCUGUGAAAAAUCCAGCUGUUUCAUUCAUCUCUGCACAAGGAGGAAGACUGCUGCUUUCUGACUGCUGUUGGACAAAGAAUUUGAAUGUAAUGCUUCUAUUUUGGAUGAGAGAUGAAGGUGUGUGAACAGAACACAUCAGAUGUGUACAUGUAUUUUUCUAUGUUUUGCUGUGGUUGCAUGUGUCAGCAGGUGGAGCAGUGUUGGUGGAGAUGUGCUGUCCUGGCUGUUCCACCAAUAAAACCAUGAAGC